AUGAUCUUGGCAUUUCUGGGUGUCGAAGUCGUCCGUGUUCAGGCUAGACAUAAGAUGGACUUUGUUAAGGAUACAUGGCAUAACGUCCAGGGUGGCAGUAACUCUGAAACGCUGCCUCUGGAUACAGCUACGUCAUGGGUAAAGGUUAUGGGUUUCCCGAGUGCCAGUCCGUUCUUCCUUAGUCUCCCAACUGCUGACAUGUCGACCGGUGUUGUUGCGGCCCUAGACAUCAUGAUUAUUCUGCACGAGCGCGCUAAAGAUGGCGGUUUGCCUCAUGGAAAUGCCACAUUGACUGCCUUCCAGGCCGCACCACUGAAAGAAUGGGCGGGCUUAUAUCAGCCGGAAGUCGUUGCGAAAAUUCAGGAGAAGUUCAAGUUCAAGCCGAAGACAAGCGAUCUUCACGUCAUUGAGCUUUGCUAUCUCAUCGCACAUGCGUGA